AUGAAACGGGGGCAUUCAGUUGAUGAAUUCUGUGUAGAAGGAGGCAUAACGGCCAAAAGGAGGAAAACUGGACGGAAAAAGAGAGACGGGAAGAGACAUCGUUCCCGUGUGUCCACGUCUCUGUCUCCCGACUCUUUGACAGAUUCGUCUGUGUCAACCUGUGCAACUCUGCCUCAGUGCAACACGGACACUGUCGCAUCCUCUCAUGAGAUAAACAAUGCAGAAACGUAUUCAGGGCAAGAAACAGCGGUUGCUAGCACUUGUGAUUCAAAAGCUGCUUAUGACUUUCAGUCUUUUAAUGGCUUUCCUGUCAGUGAAACAUGCUCUAGCACCGACAUUAUCUCUCAGAAGGACUUUCUCGGAGUGUUACACGGACUGGGUAGUUCUUACAGUCUGGAGGAAAUAGCUCCACAGGGUCAGCCUCUACCAUGGGUUGUUGAUGAGUCUUCCUCGUUCCUUGUUGGUCAUCAUGAUCAAGUCUUUCUGACGGUGGUGCCUGGAGUUGUCGAGGCCUCCACACAGGAAACAGGAACUCUGGUGAACACAGAACCAAUCACUGACCUUGCCAUCCAGCCAUCCGACAGCAUAGGCUACUCGCGACACUUCUCUACCAAGUCUUUUUCUGAUAAGAUAAAGGAAAGACUUGAGAACUGGUAUUUUGCAACAAUGGAGGUUGACGAAAAGGCGUCUGCUCUAAUGAAAUAUCCAUCUCACCUGCUUGAAUGGUCGGAGCGUGUCAAGUUCACGCAUGUGCGGAAAUGGCAGCAAUUAGAAUACCACGCACCCGACUACAGCAAAUUUGACUGAAGAGCUGUUUCUGAGCUUUUAAAAACUGACUUUCUUAUCAUGCAGUACAUAAUUAAUUCUAUCAAUUGUUUGUACGUACAUGUGAUUUUAGUAAAUCAAGAACAUCUGA